CUAAGCGUAGUGGAUCAGGAGAAGGAUUUGAAACGCGCGGAUCACAUCAGUGAGCCGGCGCGUGUAUAAGUAGGGGAGCAGUACCAGCGCAGGAGAUAGAGUUGAGGUGAGAAAAGGAAAGUCUCGUACUCCUAAGAGAAAACGAGGGCGUAGCAAGGAAAAGUCGAUCGAGACAACAAUAUGGCGCUGCUCCUGCUCCUCCACGUCCUCCUCGUCACGGUGGUGGCGAGACCUCCUGCGGCUCACGCAUGGGGCAAGGACGGCCACUACAUGGUGUGCAAGAUCGCCGAGAGCUUUCUGACGGAAGAGGCCUCGACGGCGGUGAAGGACCUGCUGCCGGGGUGGGCCGGCGGCGACCUCGCCGAGACGUGCGCGUGGGCGGACCGGCAGCGGUUCCGGUACCGGUGGUCCAGCCCCCUGCACUUCGCCGACAAUCCCGGGGACUGCAAGUUCAGCUACGCCAGGGACUGCCACAACACGAAAGGAGAGAAGGACAUGUGCGUGGUUGGAGCAAUCAACAACUACACCGCGGCACUGGAGGAUUCAUCAAGUCCAUUUGAUCCGACGGAGAGCUUGAUGUUCCUGGCCCACUUUGUCGGCGACGUCCACCAGCCGCUCCACUGCGGCCACGCCGAAGAUCUCGGCGGCAACACCAUCAUCGUCCACUGGUACAGAAGGAAGAGCAACCUUCACCAUGUGUGGGAUGUGAACGUGAUCGAGACAGCCAUGAAGGAGUUCUACGACAACGAUCUAAGCACCAUGACACAGGCCAUCCAGCGGAACAUUACUGAGGAGUGGGCUAACGAAGAGAAACAAUGGGAGACGUGCCGUAGCCGGACAAAGACUUGUGCUGACAAAUACGCUGAAGAGAGCUCAAAACUGGCCUGCAAGGCGUACGAGGGUGUUGAACAGGACUCCACCUUAGAAGAUGACUAUUUCUUUGCUGCACUACCGGUGGUUCAGAAGAGGAUUGCUCAAGGAGGCGUCAGGCUCGCUGCAAUACUCAACAAGAUAUUCGGUGGGAACAGCAGGCUGCAGAGCAGUUGAUCAAGUACAAAUUAAACAGCAACAAAGGGGGAAGGAACUCGUCCGCAUUCUGAAUUAGAAUAAGAUUUCCUAGUCUGACAAUGUAGCUUCAGUGACCACGCACGACCAUGACUAGAUGUAUUUUCUAUUCGUCAGAGUAGCUCAGGAUCUGUUACAAAGUUGAAGCACUUGUACGUACUGUCCAGUAAAUGUAUUCCUGUGUUUUGUAUCUGCUA